AUGAGCAGAAGUAUGAGUUUGGAGUCUCAACUGUACGAAGAUCUUCUCUUUGACUACAUUAAAAUACCAAGACCGGUCAAAAACUCUAGCGAUGUUUUGGUGGUCGAUGUUGGGGCUAGCUUGAUCAGGAUCAUUGAUGUGGUGGGUUUUGAAGGAAAAUGUCUCUUUUUCAGUUGACUUUUUUUGUAAAAUACGGCUUUACCAGAUUUUGAAAUUUAAUGUUUAGUUACAAUUCAGUAUCUAUUUCUUUUUUUCCUUUCAUAUGUUAAUUACGACACGUAAAAAUGUAAAUUUCAGGACGAAAAAAAUCAAAUUUUGACGACCAAUCUCUGGCUGGACAUGGUAUGUUCUUAGACAAUUUUAUAUCAAUAAUGUUAUUGAUAAAUAAAAAAGUAUAUUUCUGACGUUUAGAAAUGGGUAGACGCCAAACUAAAAUGGGAUCCACAAAAGUAUGGUGGUAUCACUGCGCUACAUAUACCAUCAGACAUGAUUUGGACUCCUGAUCUUGUGUUAUACAACAAGUAAGUUCUAUUCUUUAUUCAGGUGUUCUACUACAUUUGGUAGACAGUGGUACUUUUGUAUAACAAAAAUUCUUUAUAACAAACAACUUGUGUUAAUCUCCAAGUGAUUCGUUAUACAGGAGUUCUAUUUUUGGUAGACAGUGAUAACGAACGUCUUGUAUAACAAAAAAUCCUGUAUAACGAAAAAAUUCCUAAUAUCUAAGGGGUUUGUUAUACAGGAGUCUUACUGUAUUUUAAACUUGAAAACAAAAGUUUUUACUUUCAAAAUUUGUUUUCUAAAUUUUCCAGUAAUAAGGUCUAGAAAAGUGCAAAAAUUAAAUAAAAGUGCACAUUUUAGUGCCGCCGGAGACCCAGACAUAACAAUAAUAACAGACGCAUUGGUAUCGUAUGAUGGCAGGGUAUUCUGGCAACCACCAGCUAUUUAUAAAAGCUUUUGUCCGGUAAGUGUUAGGUUGUUCAGAUAAUUCUGUGCUUUCUUAAUCUGAAAAUUUUCGUUGAGAAGAAGCUCAGAGUUAUUUGAACAAGUUAUUAUAAAUUUUUUUGGCUCAUAUUUAUUUGGGUCACCUAAUGUAAUAUAUAAGACACUGUGAAUGUGAUUGAAAUGACAUAAAAUUUUUUUUUGUAAAAUACGAUGCUAUUACCGUGUUAAUUAGUAGGUAAAUCCAAAAAUAUAACAACUUGUAAAUGUACUGUUUAGAUUGACGUUACCUGGUUCCCUUAUGACUUACAGAACUGUAAUAUGAAGUUUGGUGCUUGGUCGUAUACGGGUUUUUACGUGGAUUUGCGACAAGUAAAUGACAAUGGCAGUGCUGUUGAGAUAAAGGAAAAUGGCAUGGAUCUCAGCUUUUUUUACAAGUAAGUUUUCUCAGUUAUUGUAGUUUAAUGUUAUUGAUUUUCCUGUUAUUGCCAACCUAAUAAAAAUUACAAAAUUUUAAAAGUUAGAAAAAAGGUUAAAAAACGUGAUUUAAAUUACGGUUUUGUUAGAUAUGAAUUAAUAUAUAAACUUUAUUUUUAAUGUAAAAUACGUGUUGAAAUACUUAUCUUUUUAAAUAAAUAUUCAAUUGAGUCUCACCUUCUAAAACCUGAUUUCAGAUCAGCAGAAUGGGAUCUUUUGUCGCUUCGAUCCGAGCGACAUUCAGUAUUAUAUGCGAGUUGUUGUGGCCCAGAGAAGUACGUUGACAUCACGUACUAUUUUGUACUACGAAGAAAGACUUUAUUCUUUACGUGUAAUCUGAUCGUGCCGUGCUUUUUGAUUUCAUUCUUGACAACUUUUGUAUUCUUGUUGUCGCAUCACAAGAUCACAUUCUCUAUCUCCAUACUGGUUACUCUUACUGUGUUCUUCUUGGUAAGUUGGUGAAGAGGGGCAUCGUUGAAGAGGGAGGAUCGGAAGAUCGGAAGACGGUGUGUGCGGGGGGGUGAUAAAAUACGUCGACAUAUCUACACAAAAUAAAUUUUGUUUUAAUUAAAAAAAUUUGCAAAGAAUUUAAUAGAUGAUGUGCACUUACUCAGCCUUUUAUAUAACUUUACAUUAUUUUAGGUAUUGAUUGAUAUAAUGCCGCCGACAAGUUUGGUAAUACCAAUGUUUGGUCGAUAUUUGAUCACCACUAUGAUACUGGUCGCUCUAUCUACUAUUGUAUCUGUAGUUACAGUAAACUUCAGGUUCCGAAGUGGAGCUGCUCACAUUAUGUCGCCAUGGACGAAGACAGUGUUUUUGAAGCUUUUACCAAAGUAAAUUUUAAUAUUACACUGUAAAUGAAAAUAUUCAGCCUACUAACAAAAAAAGACGUAUUUUACUCCGUAAAAGUAAAAAAUUUUAAUUUUUUCAAAAUUAUAAAAUUUUAAAUUUUAAUUUUUCAAAAUCUCAAUAAUAAACCUCCAGGCUCUUAUUCAUUAAACGACCAGAAAAAGUGGAACGACCAGUUCGUCGUCCGUCUGCCGUUCCUCACGUUGCGACCGAAUUAUUCGCUGGAGCUGCCAAUCUCUUCGGCCCCUCAAGCAGUUUGCCAAAGACAAAGUUAAGUAGUAAAGAGGUACGAGAUUACCUCAGUAAACGACCAUCAAUGGCACCACCCAGCUAUCUACAUUGUCGUACGCCAUCAAUCGGGUACUCAGCUGACAGUUUGGAAGCGAUAGUACCGCUCAAAAUGAUGAGUACUUCUUUCAAUGGUCCUAUUAAGGAUCAGAAUUGCUUAGUUACGGUAGGUUAUGAGUUCAAUUUGAUUUUGAUUUUAAAAAGUAUAUUUAAAAAGCUUUUAUUUAAGGCUUUAAAGUUUAAACUCAAAAUUUGAAAAAAUUUCGAAAUUUUAAAAAUUUUAAAUUUAAAAAAAUGAAGUUAUUGCUUCAGGACGCAAUGCCGACGAUCCCAAAAGUAAUGAAUGGUACUCAUUCCCUACCUCACUCUAUAAAUAGACAUGCCAAUCGACAACAAGUACAACAACAGGCAAAAGAUGAAGAUUAUGAAAAGACGAGAAAAAAAGUGAAUGACUUGAUAUUAGCCAAACUUCUACAACAAGUUAAACUGAUCGCUGAACAUUUUCGACGGAAUCAAGAGGAAAUGGAGGUAAGGCGGUGGUUUUAUAGGGCUGUGAGUGGGGUUAAGCUGGGGAGGGGGUGGAGCCCCAAAAUUUUCUGUGAAUCGAUUUUUCAAAAUGUUUUUUACGUACCUACUGGUGCAAUUCUUUUUGGAUUGGCUCUGGGGAGGGGGUGGAACUAGCUCCUUUAAAAAUUUGUUGAUUUUUGAGAGGCUUUUUGCUGCAGAACGUCAACUUUUAUAAUAGAUAACAGAUUUUACAAAUAAAAGCUAAACCAUUGUACUUUAGAUAUCAGAUGACUGGGUGUUUGUGGCCACAGUGCUUGAUCGUCUAUUCUUAUGGAUCUUCGGGCUGAUGAAUGUCGCCACAUUGUGGAUAAUCUUAGAAUCCCCGUCAUUAUACGACGACAGAGAGCCUCUGAAUAUCUCUGUACCUACGAAACCAUUAGGACAAGCAGACGUGUACAGUAUUCUCAACAACAAAUUUCGUUAG